GCUCCUUGUGCCUGCCUCAGCAACUGCAAUUGAUGGCCGAAUGAGGCUCUGCGGCGUGAUACCGCGCCUAUCGACGUCUGUCCUCUGACCCUUCACAGCGGUUUCCCGUCGUGUUGCUAGGCCGGGGGUCAUAAUGGGGCCUCGCGUCCCUCGCACGCCGGGUUUCCAGGCCCGGCCCCGCGGGGUCCUGCUUACCGUCUGCCUCAUCAGCCUGGUAACCAUCUGGCUGUGCAGGCUACCCAAGAUGUGUCUGUACGGCGAGGGCAUCGCACACUUGCAGCCGCAGUCCGCACCCCAAGCGCUCAACCGCAUCGACCUCUCCAAAGCCGAUUCCCCGUUCGUCAGCUGGCCGCUGCAGCGCGUGUGUGAGGAGACCACCACGUGGACCUCCGGUGUCGUGUUCGUCUGUGACAACAACUCGGGCGGCAUCGGUAACAUCAGGAACUACAUCUUGACUUGUCUUCGCUACGCCAUCGACGCCGGCGCAACCGGUGUCGUGCUGCCGCAAAUUACCACCCGCUCCGAGAAGGACCUCUCCAACAUCAGGAUGGGCCGCCAAGGAUUCGACUACUUCUUCGACGAGGUCCACUUCCGCCAGGGCCUGCAGACCGCCUGCCCCCAGAUUACCCUCUACAACUCGACCGACGAUAUCCCCCACGCCCCGGUGCCCUUCAAGGCCGAGCAGAUCACCCCGCGAGACUUCGGCCGCCGGGGCGGCUGCGACAACCGGGAGCUCAACAAGCAUACGGGCCGGUUCGCACAGCAGUUCUGGGCACACAUCAACCGCACAGCCGAGGAAUACAAGCGGCCGCCGCCCAGCAUAAACCACCCGCGCAUCAUCCGCUUCAAUUGGGGCGUGCAGUGGGACUGGCCCGUGUUCCGCGACGGGCCCGAGUUUGUCGCAACCUUCGGCGGCCUGCUCCGGUUCCGGCAGGACAUACUGGACCUGGGAGAGAAGACGGCCGCCCACAUGAGGCAGUUUGCUUUGGCACACGGAGGCACUCGUUCUUUCGCCGGGUUUCACCUCCGCACCGAGAGCGACGCGCUCAGCAGGUGGCCCAAAUUCGACGAGCAGAGCGGCGCCUACCUCGAGAAGGCGUCGGGGAUGACCUUCAAAGCCGCCUACCUUGCGACGGGGAACAAGACCGAGGCGCAGAAGUUGACCGCCGCGGCAUCUGAGCGGCACGGCAUCGCCGUCGUCACCAAGCACCAGCUGCUGGCGGGCCACCCAGAAGAGCUCGCGGCGCUGGAGGCGCUCACCUGGGACCAGCAGGCCCUGAUCGACUUCGUCGUGCUGUUGGAGUGUGACUACUUCUUCGGCGUCAGCCCCAGCUCCUUCAGCAUGAACGUCGCGCUGAAGCGCCAUCUCUGGGCUGAAGGGCUGUAUACGCGGCCGUGGAGGAUCGGCGGCGACGGCGAUGGAAGGAGCUGGCUUGUGGGGAAGUACGAGCACUAUUGGGAGGAUUGGCUGUUCAUGUUUGAGUCUCUGUGGCCUUGAUGCGCUAGGUUUUAUUGUUGUUCACCAUUCAUGAUGGCCGCUACCACGCCAACUUCUCUGCCUACGCAGCAUCGAAAGUUCACAUUUCAGCACACAUGGUCAACUCAUCGCCUCCUCCACCGGUUUACCAUGGGCCCAAGCCGCCGACACCCUCAGCAAAGUUCAACGGCCCUCGGACCUUUCCCUUGAUGGCCACAAAGUCAUGCAGCACGCAGAGUAG